UCAGAUGAACGAGUUUAAAUCUCCGUCCUCGUACUCAUCUGCACCUUCGAGUCUCCGCGGGAGCAUCCAGAUGACAGAGCCCGGUAAUGGAGUCAAAUGGGUUCCAGAAGAUUCAGGUUAGCGAACUCUCAAGUGAGGAACCGGCCCGACCUGCCCAAGUCAUCAAGACGACAGUUAUCGGGCAGUGUCGCUCAUUCUCCGACAAGGGAAAAGUCAGACAGACCAAGGCAGUCAAGGAAAUCACCCAAACCCAGAGAUCCAUCUGAUCCAUCCAGACCCGCCAGGGUACCCGCACCCUUAGGUCAGAACCAAGGAAGCGAGUCUCCCGGCGGAAACCUACCCGACAUUCCCAAGAAGUCGCGGCGCAAGAAGUCGAAGGAAAUUUCUUCUAGCGGUGGCGCUGGUGGUGGCCCUUCCAAAUCCAGAUUGAAAGCCUCACAUUUGGAUCCGACUUCUGGUUUCGGGCCCACAGUCGGACCCGUCCCCCAAGUCUAACAAGGAACAGAGGCCCGUUGAAAUAGAUGGACGGGGCGAAAAUGGAUCGAGUGAGGAGUUCUUGAAAAAAUUGGUGUAACUUCAUAUCCAGUAGUUA